AGACCCUUUCAUUUCUUCCCUGAUUUCUCAAACUCAAAUUCAUCUCUGCAAAAUCAAAAUCCUAAUACGCACCUCUCUCUACGGAUCGAAUCGAUUCAAUCAUGGAGUUAACUCUGCAACAGCUUAAACAAUUUGAUGGUUCGGAUGCAAGCAAACCAAUUUACGUGGCAUUAAAAGGAAAGAUAUUUGAUGUUACAACAGGGAAAAGUUUCUACGGUCCUGGUGGAUCUUACUGUAUAUUUGCUGGUAAAGAUGCAAGUAGAGCUUUGGCUAAGAUGAGUAAAAAUGAUGAAGAUAUUUGUGCUUCUUUAGAUGGUCUCUCUGAGAAAGAAAUGGGUGUUCUUAACGAUUGGGAGAAGAAAUUUGAAGCUAAGUACCCUGUUAUUGGUUCUGUUGUUUAGAUUGGGGGUUUUCUGUGGACAAGUAUUGCUACUCCAAUAAAAAUUUGGGUCACUGUACUUUGUAAUUUCUUGAACUAUUUGCAAUUUGUGUUCCUAUUUAGGGUUAUGGUGUACGGAAGAAAUUAAGAAACAGAUAAAUAAAAGAAGAUUGUGUGAAUCAGGAGUUGUUGGUCUCUAAUUUUGUAUUUUGAAUAUGAUUUCAAUGUUUCCUUGUUGUUUUGUGGUUGUCUGGGUUCUAAGGUUAGGUUAUGAUUUGUGGGUUAGUUAUUUACAGACAAAUGGUGUAUGAACUUGUGUUUUGGUAUAUUUUCUCUUGAUUGAACCUUUUAUUUGUGAA